AUGUUAACAACCACCACAACCAUCGCAACCACUACACAACAACAAGAAGGCGAGAAAACCUACAUUAUCAAACCUCUCACUGAGGAAUACGUUCAACAGGCUGCUGUUUUGGCUGCAACCUGUAUUGCCAAUGAUGAACCAUUGUGCUCAACAUCGGGAUUAACACCACCAGAAAUGUUCUACUUUUGUGAAUAUUAUGCAAGGAUUGCAGCUAGAGAUAAUUUGGGAGUGGUUGCAGUUGAUAAGAAAUCCAAUAUGGUAAUUGCUGCAAUUAUUUGUGAGGAUUAUGUGAAGGGUACUCUUGAGGGUUGUCCAGAAAUUAUAGAACACUACUUUGGAGAGGGAAAGGGAGGAUUCCAAAAUGUUCUCAAUUUAUUAGACAUUCUCCAUGAAGAUUAUUGGAAGGGAAGAGAUGAGGAAAAGAAAGCCCUCUUCCAACCAGAGAAUAUAGGACAAAUUCUUCACAUUUACAUUGGUAUUGCUUAUCCAUUUGCUAGAAGAGGAGGAGUUUCUUCUGAAUUGACUAAAUAUUUAUUGAGAAAUGUGAGAGAAAGAGGGUACAAGAUGGCAUUCACUGAAAGUACAUCUGCCUUCUCUCAGGGAUUGAGAAGAAAGUUUGGAUUUGAAACUAAAACAAGUGUUACCUAUUCUGAUCCUACAAUUCAAGAACGAUUCCCAUUCACAAAAUCAGUUCCAGAACCUCACAAGACCUGUAACUUUAUGUGGAAUACAGAUUUAAAUAAUACUGCCAUGUUAAAUAAUGAAUAA